ACCCAUUUUACUCAAAUGUAAAAAAAAUUUCGGAUGUGUUUAUAAAUACCUUUGACCAAAGAAAAAAUACAACAGCCAAGAGAAGUAGAAUCGGUAACAGAGAAAAGAGUUUGAGCGUCUUGUCAAUGACACCGCAUGACAAAAGCGACAAGACAGCAGCACCCAUGUCAGCAUCUGAAGCCCCCAAGACAAACGCUGCCAUGGAAACGCAAUCUGCUAACGGCGGUAAAAAACGGAAGAAACGCAACCGCAAAAUAUGUAUCUGCGUGAUCACUCUCCUCCUCCUCCUCCUCAUCUUCACAACGUUCCUCGUCCUAGGCCUCACUCUCUUCAAACCCAAACGCCCAAUCACAACCGUCGAUUCCAUCUCCAUCGAACGACUCCAAGCUUCACUCGACGCUUUGAACUUUAAAGUCAUCCUAAACCUAACGCUCCACGUCGACCUCACGUUAAAAAACCCUAACCGAGUCGGGUUCAGCUUCGGUCCAUCGUCGGCUUUACUUAACUACGGUGGGAAAUUGAUCGGAGAAGCGCCGUUCUCGGCUAGUCAAAUCGGGCCGGAGAAAACGUUGCCUAUGAACGUAACGCUGACUUUGAUGGCUGAUCGGUUACUUACCGAGACGAAGCUUGUUGGUGACGUUAUGUCUGGGUCUAUCCCGGUUAACAGUUUCGUUAAAGUGGUCGGGAAAGUAAAUGUUUUGAAGAUCUUCAAGAUUAAAGUAGAGUCGUCUUCUUCGUGUGAUAUCGUCAUAUCUGUUUCGAAUCGUAACGUUACGAGUCAACACUGUAAGUCUUCAACUAAGCUGUGAGAUUGUGUUCGUCUUUCACUAGAAGGAACAUGAAACAUGAAGCUUUUAGUUUACUGAUGUACUACACUUUUGUCUUCUUGUUUUUGAAAUCUUUCGGCUUGUUUUAUGUAUUAUUGGUUGAUUUCGAACAAAUAAAAUCAAAUUUAUUCAGC